AUGUCUUCAAUCGAUUCAAACAAUAUACGAAAUAGAACAAUCAACAAUGUUCUAGAAUCUUUAGAAUAUUAUCGUUUUAAACCUGAAAUCACCUUUAUGUUAGUAGGAGAUUAUUAUCCAUUUAUGGUAAAGGACCAUGUAUUAAAUAUUUUAACCGAUCCACUUAGAAAUUAUACAUUAGUUGAACUGUGUAUGCAAAAUGUUGGGGACCAAAAGUAUUGUAGCAGUGCAUGUUAUCAUCAUGAAAGAUCUAGUGGUUAUACUUUUCAAACUUACAAUCCUUUAUACCAGUUUGUUCGAUUUAAAGACAUACAAGCGUUUAAAGAUUAUUGUUAUUAA